AUGCGCUCAGGAGCUUAUACAUUGCAAGAGACACUAACAGCCGAGGCUGCUUCAAUCUUGAAGCACUCUUUAGGCUUAGCACGUAGAAGAGGCCAUGCACAAAUCACACCUCUUCAUGUUGCUGCUACAUUGUUGAGUUUAUCAUCUUCUUCUUUAAGAACCGCAUGUCUCAAAUCUCAGCAACAAAAUAACCAUAACCAUAACCAUAACCAUAACCAUAACCAUAACCAUAACCACCCUCUUCAUUGUAGAGCUCUUGAACUUUGCUUCAAUGUUGCUCUCAACAGGCUUCCAACUAUCACUACUACUCAUUCUUCUCCUUUGCUUCAACCUCAUCAGCAUGUUCCUUCUCUUUCUAAUGCUCUUAUUGCUGCUCUUAAACGAGCUCAAGCUCAUCAAAGAAGGGGGUGUAUUGAGCAAAAUCAGCAACAGCCUCUUUUGAGUGUUAAGGUUGAGCUUGAUCAGCUUAUUCUUAGUAUUCUCGAUGACCCUUCUGUGAGUAGGGUUAUGAGAGAAGCUGGUUUUCAAAGUGUUUCUGUUAAAAAUAACUUAACAGAAAGAAGCUCUUCAAACUCUAACCUUUCUGUUUUUCAUUCUUCUUCUUCACCUUCUCUUACUCAUAAUAACCAUUUCUCCAGUUCUUAUGGUUAUGGUUACGGUUAUGGUUAUGGUUCAGUUCUUUUUUCUCCUCAGAAGAAACCACAAGUGUUUAAUAAUAAUAAUAGUAAUAAUCCUAGAGAUGAUGUUAAUGUUAACCUUGUUUUUGAUGUUCUUUUGAGGAAGAAGAAGAGAAACACUGUGAUAAUCGGCGAUACCGUUGCGUUAACCGAAGGACUAGUUGGUGAGUUGAUGGAAAGAUUUGCGAGAGGUGCAGUUCCUGAUGAGAUGAAAAAAGCUCAUUUUGUGAAGUUUCAUAAUCUUGCUUCGGUUUCUAGUUUGAAAAGGGAAGAAGCUGAGAUGAAUGUUGUGAGAGUGUUGAAAAGGAAGGUUAGUGAUUGUGUUGCAUUAGGUGCUGGUGGAGGUGUUUUCUAUGUUGGAGAUUUGAAGUGGAUAGUGGAUUGUGAUGAUGAUGAUGAUGAGAAGUUAAGUGAUUAUGUUGUGGAUGAAAUGGGAAAGUUGUUUGGUGAAAAUGGAAACAAUAUUUGGCUUAUUGCAACAGCUAGUUAUCAAACAUACAUGAGAUGUCAAAUGAGGAUACCAAAUCUUGAGAAUCAAUGGUGUCUUCAAGCUCUUCCUGUUCCUUCUGGUGGACUUGGUUUGACUCUUCACUCUUCAAGUGUGCAUGAUUCAAAAAUGAGCAUAACUCAAAACCCAUCUCUUAUGAUGGAAUCAAAGCUCUUUAGCAACAAGGAGGGACAUGAUAAGCUUAAUUGUUGUGAAGAAUGUGCUUCAAGUUAUGAAAAAGAAGCUCAAUUAUUCAAACCACCUCAGAAGAAUCUCUUGCCUUCAUGGCUUCAGUCUCAUAGUACAGAAACUCAUCAUAAGGAUGAAUUGACUGAGUUGAAGAAAAAGUGGAACAACAUGUGUCAAUGUCUCCACCAUAACAAACAACCUCAAAACCAUUGGAACAACCCUUAUAAUUCAUUAAGUUCAAUAUCUUUUGCUGAUUCUGUAACCAAACCAGCUUAUAGCUCAAAUAUUAUACCUCGGUUCCGGCGCCAACAACAAUCUUCCACCAUUGAGUUCAAUUUCAAUGAUGAAAAAUCACAGAAAAACCAUAUGGCCGCAACAAGCUUGGAUUCUCUUAAGGGUAGUAUGGAAGAUACUAAAGAGGAGAAUGUUCCAUGGCAAUAUGAAGCAGUUAGUUCAAUAGCAGAAGCAUUGGUUGAUUCGAAAUCGAAGGAAUGUGCUACUUGGUUGUUUUUGCAAGGGAAUGAUUCUAUUGGGAAGAAAAGGUUGGCACUUGCAAUUGCAGAAUCUGUUUGUGGAUCAGUUGAUAUGUUAUUUCAAUUGGAUAUGUUGAAGAGAGAGAAUUCAGAGACACCCUUUUCUGAAAUAGUUGUUGGGCUAAUGAGAAACCAUGAAAAGUUUGUUGUUUUGGUUGAAAAUGCUGAUUUUGGUGAUACCCUUUUGAGGAAAAUGGUUGAUGAUGAAUUUGGGAUUGGAAAGUUUGGAACUUUGGGCCAGAAAAUAUUCAUAUUGACCAAUGGAUGCAAUAUGGUUAGUGAAGAUCAGAAGAAGGAUUCUGUGAUGAAGUUGGUUUUGCAGAUAAGUGAAACUGAGAAAAAACCAGCUUUGGAGUUAUCAUCGUCUUCGUCAUCAUCGCCUUGUUUGAGUAAUAAAAGAAGGGCUGAACUUGAUUUGUUUGGCAAGAGUAAGAAUCCAAGGAUUGAAGAAAAUGAAGGGAAGGACAAAAAGAUAGAAAUUUCAUUUUCAAGACAAUCGAGUUUCAACAACACUCUUGACUUGAACAUGAUAGCUGAUGAAGAAGAUGAUAAUGAUGAUGAUGAUCGUGAUCACGAGGGAGAAAAUAGUCCGAUCUCAAGUGAUUUGACAAGAGAAACAUUAGGAGAGCAUUUGAUCUCGAACGGAUCACUUGACUCUAUUGAGAAUUUGUUCGAGUUGAGUCAUACUCCGGAUAAGAACAAGGAAACGACAAAGAUGUUUAUGUCUAUGGUAAAAAGAUCAUUCGAGGAGGUUUAUGGGAAUGUAAAGUUUAGUGUACAAGAUAAGGUGAUAGAGGAAAUUGGUGUUGGGUGUGGGGGGUUUACUAACAACAUGUUUGAGAAAUGGCUAAAAGAGAUUUUUCAAACAAGUUUAGAAAGAGUUAAUGGUGGGGGUAAAAAUGGUAUAGUUUUUACACUUUGUUGGGGUGGUAAAGAGGAUAGAAAAUGGGAUAGAGGGUUUAUGGGUUCAUGUUUGCCUAAAAAUAUCCAAAUUGUUAACUACUUAAUGGAUUGA